GUCCGCGCUCCAUACAAUGUUUGUAGAGGUUUUCCUCCUGAACCAUCGCAAGAGAGAAAACAGGGGAGCUUGGAAAAAGCUAAAUGGGGAGAAAGCAAUGGAUCUCUUCACCUGCUUACUAAUCACAUUGCUCCUCGUGGGGAUCCAGAGCUGCCCGGAGGUGUGUCGGUGUGUAGCAAAGAAGAAAUAUGAGCGAUAUGUUGCAGACUGUUCUUAUCAAGAUCUCCAGGUGGUCCCUCAGGACUUCUCCUCCAACACCACCACCCUCACCCUGUCUGUCAACCACAUUGCCUCGUUGGGGGAAGAGUCCUUCGCCAACACGGCAAAACUACAAGGUUUGUGGCUCUCCUACAAUCAAAUAGGCACCGUUGCUGUGGGCACCUUCUCUUUUCUGGUACACCUCCGAGCUCUUGAUCUCAGUCACAAUCAGAUUAUUAAUUUCCCCUGGAGAGACCUAUCCAACCUCACAUCUCUGCAACAGCUGAAGCUCAGCAACAACCAUCUGGAGAAGAUCCCUCCAGAGGCCUUUCGGCCCCUCAAGGAUCUUCGUUCUCUCUGGCUCAGUGACAAUCGGCUCGCGAUUCUCUCGGAUGGGACCUUCAGUUCCAUGCCUAAGUUAGCUCAGCUACAAAUCAACAACAACCCCUUCGAUUGCACCUGUAAAAUUUGGUGGCUGGAUGGAUGGCUACAGAGCACGCUGGUGUCGAUUCCAGAGAAGAAGUCCGUUACAUGUGCUACUCCGGAGACACAGAAAGGCCUCAUUCUUGGGAGGUCCUUGAAGCUAGACUGUGCCCUUCCUUCGGUGCAGUUGGUCUAUCAUUCCAGCUUGGAGAACAGUAAGUUGAAAGAUGGGCUUACUCUUCAAUUGCACUGCAAUGCGGUGGGUAAACCCCCGCCGAAGAUCAGGUGGAAAAUCCAGACAGCCGAUCAACAUGUGGCCAUCGAUGGGCCCAACGUUGAAAGAGAAGAGGACUUGUUGCUAGAUCCUGCAGGUUCCUCGCAGAGCAGAGGGCGCUUUCUGGUCUUCAAAAAUGGAUCCAUGGCGGUCACCAAAUUCAGCAAGGCCAGCGAAGGUAUUUAUACUUGCCAGGCCUAUAAUGAUGUUGGCUCUCGUGAGGCUUUUGUCCACGUGGCUUUGACCGACUCUGAGAAACCCACCACUUUCCUCAAGAACCAUCUCCAAGCCAGCAAGAAUCCAAACAAAACUGGUGACACCAGAGAAGGCCUGACAUCCGAAGAAAAUGUGAAGUUUGUCUAUUUGAUUCCUACCAUGCCCAAGACUGUUUGCAAUGGAGGAACUCAAAGCCAGUUGGGUUUUUGGAGUUUAUUUCUGUUCUGCUUGCUUGCCCAUUACAGCUAAGACAUUUGCAGUCUAGCAUCGGUUAGAAAAUCCAACUUAUUUCUAUAGGAUGGCCCAUGGCAGCUCUUAGUUUAGGUAAAAGUUUCACACUUUGGUUCUUAGAUGAAGAAUCUUGAUUUGAACUGGGGCAGGAUUCCCCAUAUUCUCAAGUAAGAAAAGAAACAGUUAGACAGGUGGACAAUGAGAGAGAGAGAGGAAAAAAAAUCAAAAACACAGAUAGGCAACCCUUUGAUUAGGUGAAUAGAAGCAGUCCAAAACCUGGCAAGGAUUUGAAAGUCCAGAACUGUUUCUCAGGAGAAAAAAAUUAUAAAGGGAGAAGGGAAAAGGUGACUAAUUUCUUGAGGAUGCUUAUCUUGACUUGGUGGAAAUGGUGGAGAGUUUUUUUGAUAUAUAAGCUCAACUUUGUCAGAGACAGAGUAGGACGAGAAAGUCGAAUUUAAAGAUUUCGGUGUAGGAUUCUCACUUCUGAGUAUCUGACCUGGCACAAUUUAAAUCUCUAACUAGAAACGGUCCUUGGCUCCAUUUGUUGAGAAAGGCAUAAUUUUAUUAGAGAUCAAGUGUAUUGUAGUAUUGUAUAGCCAGAACUGAGAAUGGCAGGCCAAAAUCGCUAAGUUCUACUUUUCUCUCCCUUAACUGUCUCUUACUGCCAGUCCCAGUGUAACCAAUCAGGUUUUCCGGCAAGAUGUUUUCAUAAUGGUCAGUCCUAGCACUGUUUGGUAUGUAACUCCCUCCCUCUUCCAGAUGAGUUACAUUGAGGCAGCGUCUUAAGGAGACACCACACUUACUUUCAUUUCCCCAAGCAUUUCCCCUUCUCCACAGUUCUGUCACCACAUAGCAGUGAAGCACAAGCCAGCAUAAGGUGGCAGUUGACAGUCUCUUCCAAAACAUCCUGAGAAGAAGCAAGUAAGGGAUGAUCUACACCAGG